AUGAAGGCACUCAUUCUCGUUGGCGGCUUCGGCACCAGACUUCGACCUCUCACUCUCACUCUCCCUAAACCCCUUGUCGAGUUUGCCAAUCGACCCAUGAUCCUCCACCAGGUCGAAGCUCUUGCCGCAGCCGGUGUCACAGAUAUCGUCCUUGCCGUCAACUAUCGACCCGAUGUCAUGACCGGGGCAUUGAAGAAGUAUGAGGAAAUGUACAAUGUCAACAUCACGUUCUCCGUCGAGUCUGAGCCCCUGGGAACCGCAGGUCCCCUGAAACUUGCAGAAAAGAUCCUCGGCAAGGACGACAAGCCUUUCUUUGUCCUCAACUCGGAUGUCAUCUGCGAAUACCCCUUUAAGCAAUUGGCUGACUUUCACGCCUCUCACGGCGAUGAGGGUACGAUUGUGGUCACCAAAGUCGAAGAACCGAGCAAAUACGGUGUCAUCGUACACAAGCCCAAUCAUCCAUCCCGAAUUGAUCGUUUCGUCGAGAAACCCGUCGAAUUCGUCGGCAACCGCAUCAACGCCGGUAUCUACAUUUUCAACCCUUCCAUUCUCGACCGAAUUGAACUCCGUCCAACUUCUAUCGAACAAGAGACUUUCCCGGCCAUUUGCAGAGACGGCCAACUUCACUCCUUCGACCUCGAGGGUUUCUGGAUGGAUGUGGGACAGCCCAAGGAUUUCUUGAGUGGAACCUGCUUGUAUCUUUCAUCCCUGGCCAAACACAAUCCCAAGGCUCUCGUGUCUCCUUCCGAACCGUACGUCUACGGCGGAAACGUCAUGGUCGACCCGACAGCCAAGAUUGGCCAGAACUGCCGUAUUGGACCGAAUGUCACUAUUGGACCCGGUUGCGUUGUUGGUGACGGUGUCAGACUGCAAAGAUGUGUGUUGUUGGAGGAUAGCAAGGUCAAGGACCAUGCUUGGGUCAAGUCGACCAUUGUCGGCUGGAGAUCAACAGUCGGCCGAUGGGCCCGUCUCGAAAACGUCACCGUUCUCGGUGAUGAUGUCUCGAUUGGUGACGAGAUCUAUGUCAAUGGUGGAAGUGUUUUGCCUCACAAGAGCAUCAAAGCCAAUGUGGAGGGUGAGUUGGUUCCGCCCAAUUCCAACACGGCAUACUAA